AUGACCGUCCUCACCUCUUCAUCACCUCUACCCAUCUCUCUCAAUCGUUCCACAGCCACACCCACUCCACUCAACUGCAAAUCACAACCCACCAUCAUUUCCGUUACUUACCAAAGUCAUCGUCUUCGAAGUCAUCUCCGUCCGAUCACCGUUGCUUCUCAGCUCUGCGCCAAUGAAACCAUAAAAAUGGAUAAGUCAACGUUGAGUGUUGCAGAAGCGACGUCUGAGGAUGAGCUCCGGGCUGCUGCGUGUCUACGUGUUCGAACUUUCUAUGACUUCCGGGAAAGUUUCGGUAUCGAAGAUCAUAAAAGGUACUUGGCCGAGCGUGAGUUUGAAGCACUAAAGGAACGUGUUGCAGGGAUGAGAGUGGGCUUUAGGAGAGUUUGUUGCAUCAAUGCUACAUUGCCAUUGUCACAAAUUUCGAGCAUUUCUGAUGAUUUAUGCACUACAUGCAAGUUUUCAGAUGAUGGAGAAGACCAUGUAGUCAUUGGGACCCUGGAUCUUAAUCAGUGUCUUAGGCUUCCAGAUGAAAUAACAGGCAUGAAGCCAAAG